ACAGAAUGAGCCAAAAAGGGUUCAGUCCCCUGUUAGGAAGAUGACUGCUUUAUAGCAUUCAGAUGGCACUGCAGGUUUACCUGGGAUAACAGUAGUGCGAGGCUCGUGGUGGUGACACGACAAACUGGAAACCAACUACAGCCAACAUGUUCAAAAGUGGGCUGAAGAUCAUGGGGAUCUCCCCUGAUCUGUUCCCGGAAACACCCCUGGUGCCAUCCCUGCCCGCAAUAUCAUCAGCGCGAGCCAGCUCCGCUCCUCAUAAGCCCCAGAGGCGCAGCAGCGGUAGUGACAGUGCUGCCAGGCCCCGCCCGUUGCGCUCAGCCCCCAGGCCAGGCCCCAACAGAGGCAGCAUGGAGGUGGGCAUGCGCGUGGUGCGCGGCCUGGACUGGAAAUGGGGAAACCAGGAUGACGGCGAGGGCCACGUGGGCACCGUGGUAGAGAUUGGGCGACAGGGCAGCACCACCACACCAGACAAGACCGUGGUGGUGCAGUGGGACAGCGGCACACGGACCAACUACCGCACCGGCUACCAGGGGGCCUACGACCUGUUGCUUUAUGAUAAUGCUCAAAUCGGCGUGCGUCACUCUAACAUCAUCUGUGACAGCUGCAAGAAGCAUGGCAUCAUGGGAAUGCGAUGGAAGUGCAAGGUGUGCUUCGACUAUGACCUGUGCACCCAGUGUUACAUGAACAACAAGCACGACCUGAGCCACGCUUUCGAACGCUACGAGACGGCACACUCCCAGCCAGUGAGCUUGGCACCGAGGCAGAACCUCCCACGGAUCAUCCUCAAAGGAAUCUUCCAGGGGGUUAAAGUUGUUCGAGGACCUGACUGGGACUGGGGCAACCAAGACGGUGGGGAGGGUAAGGUUGGGAAGGUAGUGGAUAUUCGUGGUUGGGACACAGAGUCUGGUCGCAGCGUGGCUAGUGUCACCUGGUCUAAUGGCACCACCAAUGUCUACCGAAUGGGCCACAAGGGCAAGGUAGAUCUCAAAUACGUGUCUGACGGCCAGGGAGGCUUCUAUUACAAAGACCACCUACCAAAGCUCGGAGAGCACGCAGAGCUGCAGCGCCAGGAGAGUGCAGACGGCCACUCCUUCCAGCAGGGCGACAAGGUCAAAUGUCUGUUGGAGGUGGACAUCCUCCGACAGAUGCAGGAGGGCCACGGAGGGUGGAACCCCAAAAUGGCAGAGUACAUUUGCCGGAUCGGGACUGUUCAUAGAAUCACUGACAGAGGAGAUGUCAGAGUCCAGUACAGCAACAACAUUCGCUGGACUUUCCAUCCUGGGGCCCUCACCAAGGUGAAUACGUUUGGAGUCGGUGAACUAGUACGAGUACUGGAGGACAUGGACAGUGUGAAGAGACUGCAGGCUGGCCAUGGAGAGUGGACAGACAGCAUGGCUCCUGUGCUUGGCCAGGUCGGGAAGGUGUUGAAAGUAUAUGCAGAUGGUGACCUGCGGGUGGCGUUCGGAGGUCAGACGUGGACGUUCAACCCAGCAUGCCUCUCGGCCCAGCCCGUGGAGGUGGACGCCAACCUCAUGACAGCCGAGAACCCCAACGAAUCUGGAAGUACUGUCAUCUCAGUGUUGGAGAAGCUGCUGUCUCAGUCCACAGAGCAGGACAAUCCAAGUCGGUUGGUCAUUGAGGCAGCACACGGCAGUGCCAGCAAAGUGCGAGAAUUGGUGCAGAAAUAUCCUGACAAGGUGGAUAUAAAGAACCAGGGCAAGACUGCACUGCAGGUCGCCGCUCACCAAGGCCACAUCGAGGUGGUGAAGGCCCUGCUGCAGGCCAACAGCUCCAUCGAGGUCAAGGAUGAAGAUGGAGACACAGCAUUACACUACACUGCCUUCGGUAAUCAGGCAGAGAUUGCACGGCUGCUGUUGAGCAAGGGGGCAAACGUCAACCUCCUGAACAACUCCAUGUGCACAGCGCUCCACAUCGCUGUCAACAAGGGCUUCACUGACGUGGUGCGAGUGCUGACUGAACAUUCGGCUGACGUCAAUCUCCAGGAUUCAUAUGGAGACACGCCUCUCCAUGAUGCCAUUGCUAAAGAUUUCCGCAGUAUCAUCGAGAUCCUGGUCGUGGUGCCCAACAUUGACUUCACUCAGCAGAACCACAGAGGCUUCAACCUGCUGCACCAUGCUGCCCUCAAAGGAAACAAACUGGCCACAGAGAAGAUCCUGGCCCGAGCGCGGCAGCUGGUGGACGUUAAGAAGGAUGACGGCUUCUCCGCGCUGCAUCUGGCUGCCCUCAACAACCACAGAGACGUCGCCGAGAUCCUCAUCAAGGAGGGACGCUGCGACGUCAACAUCCGUAACAACCGCAAUCAGACGCCGCUGCAGCUGGCAGUGACUCAGGGCCACACCGACCUGGUGCAGCUGCUGGUGGCCGAGGGCGCUGAUGUCAACAUGGAAGAUGAGGACGGCGACACAGCCAUGCACGUGGCCCUCCUCCGCCCGCAGCUCGCCAACGUUAUGCUCAACCCCACUGUGGGAACCAGCAGCACAGAGGAGAGCAGUGAGGGGUGCUCCUCCACAUCGCUCUACUGCAGGCUGAGCGCCUCGGGUCUUCUGGGGAAUACAGAGCUGAGUGUCGGGGCAGCGAUGGCUUGUUUUCUAGCACAGGAAGGGGCUGACAUCAACUAUGCCAACCACAAGGGCAAGAGUCCUCUGGACCUGGUGGCAGACAGCACAAUGCUGCAGCUCAUCAAGAGCUUCUCUGAGAAACACAGGUUGCAGCGUCUGCAGGCCAUCACAUGUGGACAGGGCCUGAGCAGUGCCAGCCUGCGGCGGGUCCACACCACACCCAACACCAUGACCAACCUGGUUCUUCCCACACCACCGGGGCCCAGCGAAUGCCUCAUCUGCUCUGAGCUGGCUCUGCUGGUUCUCUUCUGCCCCUGCCAGCACAGUGUGGCCUGUGAAGAGUGCGCCCAUCGAAUGAAGAAAUGCAUCAAAUGCCAAGUCACAAUCACCAAGAAAAUUAGACAAGACCAAACAGAGGUGGACUGCAGCCCUGGCAACGAGAACUCGGAGCAGCACAACCUGCUGGAGCAGCUGCAGUCCCGCUACCGACAGAUGGAGGAGCGGAUCACCUGCCCCAUCUGCAUCGACAACCACAUCAAGCUGGUCUUCCAGUGCGGACACGCGUCCUGCAUCGACUGCAGUGCCGCGCUCAAGACGUGCCCCAUCUGCCGGCAGACCAUCCGUGAGCGCAUCCAGUUAUUUGUCUGAGCUCCUCUGUCCUCUCAGCUCUGAAUGACCCAAAGAGGAUGUUGGGGAAGGGGGUGGGGGGGUUGGAGGUUGGAGAGAAGUGAGGGUGAGGGUGGGGGUGGGAGGGGGACGGUCAUUCCCUUUGAAGACCCAGUGACCUGUAUUUGCCUGUCGCACCCUCCUGCUCAUCCCCACCACACGUUAUCAGAUACCCACUCAGCCCAUGUUGCUUUAUGAUAAGAUGCUGUGUUACAUCGCUGAGAGUCUGUUUGUUACAUUCUGAGUCGUUUCCCUAUCUCAGCGCAGGCAGGAACAUAUCGAUCACUUUAACUUUACUUUUGCUGUCUGAACUGAUAUUCCGCCAAGCUCAAUGGGAAGCAGACGAGGUGAAGUCGUGAGGCGAAGCUGCCACAUUGAAUACUCUGAUCGGUGAGCCAGGAGAGGAAAGGUCCCCCAACUUCUUCAUUUCCACCUCCUGUAAUCUGUCCUAUCUUUGCUGCUUUAAGUGGAUGUCUGUUACCCAUCAUCCUCUCUGGCUGUCUGGCGCUCUUCUGUUUACAAGGCUGCACAGAGUCAUGUUCUCACCCCUCUGCCUGUCCUGUGAAUUAUGUUUGCUCUCAUUCGUAUCAAUCUUAAUAAUCAGUGUUAGUCUCUGCAGAGGGAGUUGGUAUAACUAAAGGCUCUCUCUAUAGUCCCCAACCACUCACCUGUAUGCAAGGGGAAAUACACACUAUAUAUGCAUGAGUAUAUGCAUAUUGUAAAGCUGAAAAUGACUGUGUCGUCAUGGUUGAUUUGUUGUUGUUGUUUUAUUUCUCUCUGGUUACAUUUGUGGUUUUUAAUGUACCGAUACGUACAGGUUUUUAUUUAUGUGCGAGAGGUGGUAUUACUUAGUAAUGUCCUUUUCUCAGUUAGUGUUUGCUUGGAAAAAAUGUUUUCGUUUCUACUGAUAUUCACCCCAAGCCUAUGUCCUCUACUCAGGGUAUCAAACUAUUGAAAGCACUUGUGAUAUCCAUAAAAGUUUAAAGAGCCCCUCCCCCCCGGCGGCCGCUGCCUCACACACACCCCUCAUCAUAGAGCUACAGUGUUUUACAGUCAUUUCAGUGGAGGGUCAUUGAAAGAAAAGAUCAUUAAUAACUCAUCUUAAAUUGUGGGUAAUUGCAGGAAAAAACACUCAAUUUUCUUUAUUAACCCAGAUUUUUUUUCUCAUUAGUGAAAUGAAUGUUUGCAGAAGAGUUUCUGCAACAAAACUGUCAUUUAACCAAAAAAAACUAAACAAAACAAACAAACAAACAAACAAAAAAAACAGAACAAAAAAUUUCCUUUAAAGCAUCCCAGAAGCACCACUUGGCUAAAUUUCUGUUUAAUUGUGGACAGAAAGCAUCGUGUUGGUCUGUCUGUGUCCGAAGACCACAGUCUGUCUGUCACCUGAGCACCAGGUUCACAGUUUAAAGGAGGAUACUCGUGUUUUGUUAUUGAUCCACCAGAUGUAAGAUAAAGAAUCAGAAGGACAAAAACAUGACACUAUUGUGUUGCAUCUUUAAUUCCUCGUCUACCUUCCUAGCUGAGGCAUUAUAAAGAAACUCCCCCUCUCUUCUCUGGAGUUCUGGAUUGUACAUCAUCUUCAUCCUUUCUAGUGUGUUGGUGUAUUUUCUUGAAGGGCUUAUGCAUAUGAGAAAAAAACGUAUCUAUUUUAAUCUUUAUUUAAUUUUUAUUUUCUACAAUAAACUUCCAGAGACAGGAGGUUUUGUUUUGUUUUUUUGUCUCCAUUAGAUCCCAAAUUUUGGGAGAGCCAAUGUUAAAGAUGUACAUUUGAAUGUCGGGGAAAAAAUGUAUCCUGUCUCACUCUGCCUUUUUUAUGUGUAAAGAAAAAAGAUGGAAGAAAAGGGGCUGGAGAGACUGAAAGGUGUUUACCACGAGGUUUACCACGAGGAAAGAACUUUUACAUCAGUGCCAAAUCGCAUGAGGAUGUGCAUGGGCAUGCACGCCCGAAUUUAUCUAGACGCACUACGCUAAACCCCUCCAGGCUCAAGUGAGGGUUCAGUUAUUCCAGCAGUGUGAAGUAAACUAAAAGCAAACUUUAACUAUUAAUGUUUUCAGAAGUAUUAACACAGCACACUCAGUUACAGUACUGGCAUUAGCAGUUGAGCUAAUGGCGUUAGCUGCCUAACUUUAGCUGUAGUUCUCUGAACCUCCUCAUGUUCUCAAUGACAAGUGAUGCUACACUAACUUCCAAAUUAUUAACAGUCCCAUAUUGUUUGGAGCUUUUUACAAGUAUAUAUAUUUAUAUUUUGUGAGACAUUAUCAAUCGAGCAACAAGUUUCUUAUAGAAAUUUCAACAUUUUAAGGAUUGUCCGUUGGUUUUUCUGCGUUGAUGGGUUUACAGGCAAAGGCAAUAAUGUUUUAGAAACCUGGGGAAGAUGUUUGAGUUCUUUUUUUCUCCCCCUGAAGGAGGUUGCUGCGAGGGCGAGAAACAAAUUAUGUAUAAAACACUAUUAAAGCAGCAAAUGUUAUUAUUGGUGUUUGUACAGUUCAGCUCUUGGAGUUCUGAUGUUGGCCUUACUGUCCAUUCCUCCUCUGUUGAUGUUUUUUCAGUUGUAUUCUGUACAAAAAUAUUUUGCAAUAAAUAUGGAACUGUUUUCUAAGGA